CCCAACGUCUCCGCCCAGAGCCUCGACUGGACUACGACACCCAGCAGCCCGUGCGCGGCGGGCGGAGGCCGGGCUGGGGGAAGACUAGUGGGCAUGGCCGAGUCGCUUCCCCCUGAGACUUAGUGCAGCGCCUUGUAUGCAGUGGGCAUUUAAAAUAUGUAUCAUUCAAGAGAUAUUUGCUGAUGAAAUAGAAGGAUAAAGACCUCUUCCAGGGAGCAGGAGAGAGAUAAGGAGUUCCAUCUUCAUUGUUAAAUUAGAUGCUGUCUUAUAUAUUGAGUUUCCUCCCUCUGUCGGAUCAGAAAGAGGCUUCGCUGGUGAAUCAAGCCUGGUACUAUGCAGCCCAGAGUGCCCUUCAGGAAACAGAUGUUCGGUAUAUCAUCCCCGUGGCCUAUGCCUCUCUCACCUCGAUCAAGAGCCUGAGUCGCAGGCAAGUAUCUUGUGUUAGCCUCACCAGCAUGGACAGUUCUUCGGACACCAGUAAUGUGCUACAGUCAAUCUCCUACUUCCUGGGCCCACACCUGCACAGUCUGUCCCUACGUGGGGGCACCCUGACGGAAGCUUCUUUUAUAGAACUCAUCACAAGCUGCCCUAGGCUCCAGGUCUUGGACCUCAGUGGGUGCAACAGCCUCUUCAUGUCAGGGAUGCUCCUGGACCAGCCAGAAACAGUACAGCAGGUGCGGGAGGCCCUGGCGAACCUCCAGGAGCUCAACCUGGCUAACCUGCGCUGUUUGGCAGAUGCCAGCUUCAACCGCCUGAGCGGCUGUGCCCCCAGACUGGAGCGCCUCUCCCUGGCCCACUGCCACAUCACCUUUGACCCCCACCACAAUCUGUCUGCCCAACGAGCCUCUUCUGCCAUCCUUUCCUUCCACAACAUCCUCUACUUCCUGAAGGAGCGAGCCAGUCAUCUUGUGGCCCUGGACCUGAGAGGCACGAACCUGCCCCCCACAGCUCUUCAGGCCCUGGGACAGGUGGUGGGACUCCAUCUGCAGGAGCUGACUUUGCGGGGCUGCCGGGACAUCUCCACUGAGGCUGUGGCGGCCCUGUGCCAUCAGCAGCAAGGCCUAACCAGCCUGGACCUUAGCGGCUGCUCAGAGCUGGCAGACGGGGCGCUUCUGGCUGUGUCGCAGGGCCUGCGGGGCCUGCGGCAUCUGCGGAUGGAGAAGCUGCAAAGACUGACAGAUGCUGGCUUCACAGCCCUGCACUGGCUCCGGGAGCUGAGAAGCCUAGACGUGGCCGAGUGCUGCCUCGUGAGUGGGAGAGAGCUGGCCAAGGCACUGGGGUUCCCCAAAGGCCCCCCGCCCCACCUCACAUCUCUCAGGCUAGCCUAUUGCUCCUUGCUGAAGGACAAGUCAGUGAUCUCCCUGGCCCAGGGGCUUGGCUCCAGCCUGAAGGUGCUAGACCUGUCAUCCUGUGUGUCCCUCACUAACAGCAGCCUGCUGGCCAUCUCUGCCAGCCUGCCCCAGCUCACUGUCCUCCAUCUGGCUUGGUGUAAGGAAAUCACUGACUCGGGCCUCCUGGGGCUGGUGGAUCCAGGUGAGAAGAAGGACAAGGGUCCGAAGUUAAGCAGGAACUUUGGAGACAUGGGCUUCUUCCUCCCACAGCUGCCUCCAGAGCCCUUGGCCCCCUCCCAAGAGACUCCCAAGCAGCUCACACCCUCGCUGCUCAUGCUGAGGGCCUUGCAGGAGCUUGACCUCACUGCCUGCAGCAAGCUGACAGACACCAGCCUGGCCCAGGUCCUGAAGUUUCCCUCUCUGAAGCGGCUAUCCCUGAGCCUGCUCCUGGAGCUCACAGACACGGGGCUGGUAGCUGUGGCCAGAGGAUGUCCCAGCCUGGAGCACCUGGCCCUGAGUCACUGCAGUCGCCUGAGCGACAGGGGCUGGGUCCAGGCUGCCAACUUCUGGAAGAGGCUCCAGCACCUAAACCUUUCCAGCUGUAAUCAGCUCACGGAGCAGACACUGGUCACCAUCGGGAAGGCGUGCCGGCAGCUGACGGUGCUGGACGUGUCCAUGUGCCAGGGCAUCAGCAUGGCUGCCGUGAGGCACUUCCAAGCCCAGCUGCCCCACGUGACCUGCGUCCAAUCCCGCUUUGUUGGGGGGCUGACCUAGCUAUGAGCCUCUGAAUAAAGGUCAGUCACUGAACCCCAAUCCUUAGCCCACCUGCUACUUCACUGUCCCCUGGAACCUUGGCAUGCUGCUCUCCAGUGCCCUGAGCUUGGGUGCCUCAUCAUUCCCACCAUCUUUCCUGGAGCAAGAGAAGGACCAAUGCUGCUCACCUCCCCUCCUCAGUCAAGGAAUCCCUUAACAGGAUUGGGGGCACAGGGGAAUUGCUUCCUUGGCAUCGCUUCAUCUGCUCCAUAGCCUCUGCUGGAGCCUAAGUCGGGGAGUGCCAUCUUCCUCCCUUGCCUUUCCCACCCUGGCUUGGUGCUCCCGGCCUCCAAGGGAGCCUCAGCUCAGCUCAGACAGCAGAACCUCAACAAGGCCUAGAUGCUGCUCAGGUUCUCCCAGCCCCUUUCCUAGAGGCCAGGCCUGAUAUCACAGGCAUGGUUAGACUGAGUCCUAGGGAUUGGAACAGCAUAGAGUGUCUGGGCCUUGGACUCCUGCUAAUCACUUCUCACAUCUCAAUCACUGGCCUUAGUUUACAAAUGAGUCUUUGUUUCUGGUGUGGGGGAUCUGGGCUUCUCCCCCAGUGCCUUAGUGCUGUGACCAACCCAGUACUGAAUUCUUUGUUGGGUCUGCAAAAAUUAAAAAUCUCUGAUCUCAUCUCUACAUCGUGGGACUUUGAACUGGAAA